AUGGCUCAGAGUCUAGAAUCUAGACCAACCGUGGUGGACUUCCGCGAGGACAAUGCCUGGGUGAAGCUAGCGCAAGAGUACUGGUCCGAUGCAAAGAAGGUUCGCAAGGUCAAGCCUGAUGUGAUCAAGCAGCAAUUAUGGGAUCCUUUGGAAGCAGAGGGCUUCGCUACACGAUCAUUGUUGAUUUUGGAAAAUUUGAAUGUUCUAGAAAAGUUCCUGUGGCCGACGUACACCGAAGAUGCGUCAAAUCACCAUAUUCUUUUGAUCGCUCUCAUUGUGAGCGUCAAGCACCGCGAGCAUCUGCCGAUAUGGAACAUUUUCUCCGAUCGCGCGGACGACUUCUCCAGCCUAUUCCACCGUGUGCUGUCUAUGAGUAUUGAUCCUUCGCUUGCAACCACAUCGCGAAUCUCCAUCGUCUCUUUCAUCAUUGGCGCUUUCCAAUCCCUCGAAAACCCUCUCAUCCGUAAAGAAUGCGCCCCACUGGUCUCGAUCUCGAUAUGGCACAAUUUGGCCGGCGAUGAAGCACGAGAGCGCGUAAUCUCAAAAUCGCCGAUAUUGAAGAAAGCCUGGAGGGCGGCGAACAAACGAUACGAAGCGGGAGAUGACGCCGUCAAGGCUAAAAUCCGAUUUGAGCGGUCAUGGCUGUACACUAUGCUCCUCAUCUUUUUACAAAAACUGAACGGAUCUGAGAAAGAGCAGUCUGAGAAUUUGCUUUACGAGGAGAGAUUCAUUGAACUGCUUGUGGACCUCUUGAGCCAGCUUCCGACUCGGCGUUACGUCAAUACGUUGCUGAAGGAUUUGAAUCUAUUGCCUGUCAUUCGGUUGUCGCAUCUGUACCGCAACCCGGAAAAUGCGCUGCUUCGCGAUCUUUACAGCUUGCUGAGUCACUUUGUCUUUUUCGCGAUUGACGAUUACUCCGGUGAGGCGCUCUCGCCUCAGGCGGUCUAUGACCUCCAUUGUCAGGAGCUGGCGCGUUUACAGAGAACAGCGAUGAAGCACUUCAAGGAGAAGCUCACCAUCCUUGCGCUUUCUAACUUGGGCGCCAUUGAACAGCGUUCUGAACUUCAAGGACAACUCUCAUCUCUUGAAGAGUCAGAGCUACAGGAGCUGUGUAUGCAUCUUGGGUUCCGGACAACCUAUCCAAAGUCCUCCAAUGUCACCCUCGACCGACAGCUGUACCUUGAAGUACUCUCAUCAGCUUAUGCACGCCGACUUUCCUUCCAAGAGGCUGCUGCUCGAAUCAAGGUUCUCCCGACAGAGGACACUCUCUACGAUCCCGCAUUGCUGAGAACGGAGUCGUACGACGGAUCGAGACCGCUGGCCAUUCCAAAAUUAAAUCUACAGUAUCUGAGCAUUGGGGAUUUCUUGUGGCGAUCAUUCCUAUUGUAUCGCUCUGAAGCGUUUUUCCAAAUACGAAAGGAUAUGGAACUGGUGGUCAAGCGAAUGCAGCCAAAAGCGGGCCGCGACGGGCUGGUCAAGUUCGAUGGCUUUUCACGCAUGGCUAUACCCAUCUCCAAACCUGCCAUCAUCGAGGUGGCUCCGGCUAAAGUCGGAUCUCCUAACCCUGCUUUCGUGCGAGCUGAAAUUGCGAUUGAGGUCGGUCGUCUCGCCGAGAAUGUUCGCAAGGAAUGGGAUUCGCUACGGCCCGAUGACGUGAUAUAUUUGCUCGCAGUGCAGACGCCCUCUCCUUCUCAGAUCGGUUCCACGAUUCCGGUGACGGAUGAUCUUUGUAUGACCCACCUGCGUACUGCGGAGAUCGUGCAAGUUCUCGAUGAGCAAGGCCGUGCCUUGCGCCAGCCAGCCGGUGCCCAAACAAACGGACAUCAAUCUCGCCCAAGGAUACGAAAGCUGCUUGUGAAUCUCGAUGCUGCAGCAUUCAAGGCUGACAAGGACCGUCAAUCUCAAGGCAAGCAGGAUAUCUAUCCGUUACUCAAUGUUGUUGCACGAAGAAAGGCAAGAGAGAAUAAUUUCAAGUCAAUCCUUGAGACCAUGCAGAAACUCAUUGUCUCCGAUGUGGCUCUACCAUCUUGGCUGCAGGACGUAUUCCUCGGUUACGGAGACCCUGCAAGUGCCCACUACCCACAGUUGGCCAAUCGCCUGCAAUCAGUAGAUUUCUUGGACACCUUCCUUGACUGGCAUCAUCUUGUUGAGAGCUUCCCUGGCAAGACAAUUGAACCUUCUGGGACUGAGACGUCCAGCUUUGGGCCGCCCUAUAUUCUCAACUGGCCUGAAGACGCCCCAGAGACCGCCUCUGCAAUGCCUCCGAAGAAGCGUCGUCGUGAGCAAGCUAAGCAGUCGAGCGACGAGUCAUCAACUAUCCGUGUAUCAACCUACAAACCCCCCAAUCCUGGACCCUACCCGGUGGAUGCCCCAAAGUUGAACCGCGUUCGUUUCACUCCCGCGCAAGUGGAGGCAAUUGCAUCGGGCGUGCAGCCUGGUCUCACAGUCAUCGUUGGGCCGCCCGGCACAGGAAAAACAGACGUCGCGACACAGAUCAUCAACAAUCUCUAUCACAACUUCCCCAAGGAGCGCACCCUCCUGAUUGCGCACAGCAAUCAAGCGCUCAACCAGCUUUUCCAAAAAAUCACUGCGCUUGACAUUGAUGAGCGCCAUCUCCUUCGUCUCGGUCACGGCGAGGAGGAGCUCGAUACGGACACCAACUACAGCAAACAUGGCCGUGUGGACUCUUUCCUGGACAACCGGACUCAUUAUCUCUCUGAGGUAAUGCGGCUUGCGGCAUCAAUGAAUGUUGAAGGCGCCCAUGGCAAUUCUUGUGAGACGGCUGGAUAUUUCAAUACGGUCCAUGUUCAGCCAGCUUGGGCGAAGUUUUGGGAUCAUGUCGGCUCUGAUCAAGUAUCGGUUGAGGAGAUUAUUACCUAUUUCCCAUUCCAUGUGUACUUCUCAGACGCUCCCCAGCCAUUGUUUCCUGAAGGUGCCUCCAGAGAAGCCCUUUUGGAUGUUGCAUCAGGCUGCCAAAGACACAUCGAGCGGAUUUUCUCCGAGCUCGAGGAUAUUCGGCCAUUUGAGAUCCUGCGACAACAGCGCGACAAAGCCAAUUAUUUGUUGAUCAAAGAAGCUCGGGUCAUUGCGAUGACCUCUACGCAUGCGGCAAUGCGACGCCAGGAAAUCGCAGACUUGGGCUUCCACUAUGAUAACGUAGUCAUGGAGGAAGCUGCUCAGAUCACUGAGAUCGAAAGCUUCAUUCCAGCCGCCAUGCAAAAUUUGAAAAAUGGUGAGCUGCCAUUGAAGCGAGUUGUGCUAUGUGGUGAUCAUCUGCAGAACUCGCCUAUUAUCCAAAACCUCGCUUUCCGUCAAUACGCCCACUUUGAACAAAGUCUGUUCCUGCGAUUGGCGCGACUUGGCGUUCCUGUGAUCACGCUAGACAAGCAAGCUCGUGCUCGACCCAGUAUUGCUGAGCUCUUCAGAUGGCGUUAUGAGUCCCUGGGUGACCUUGCCGUCACGGAGACUGCCGAAGAAUUCAAGCAAGCCAACGCUGGAUUCCAAUUCGAUUACCAAUUCAUCAAUGUCCCUGAUUAUCAGGGGUCCGGUGAACGCGAGCCAACCCCACACUUCAUCCAGAAUCUGGGCGAGGCAGAGUAUGCUGUUGCACUUUUCCAGUACAUGCGUCUGCUCGGCUACCCGGCCGACAAAAUCUCGAUUUUGGCGACGUAUGCUGGACAAACUGCUCUCAUUCGAGAUGUUCUCGGCCAUCGCUGCGCGAAGAACCCCUUGUUCGGGAUGCCCAAGAUCGUAACAACAGUGGAUAGGUACCAGGGAGAACAGAAUGACUAUGUCAUUCUCUCACUGACUCGCACACGUACGGUGGGCUAUCUUCGUGACGUGCGUCGUUUGACGGUGGCGUUGUCCCGUGCUCGUCUUGGACUUUACAUUCUCGGUCGCCGUGAAAUCUUCGAGACUUGCUAUGAACUUCAACCUGCCUUUGAGCGUCUCCUGCAACGACCUGACAAGCUGAUGCUUGCGCCAGGUGAGAUGUUCCCAAGCACUCGAGCGCUGGACGCUCCGGUGGAGGGCACUUCCAUGGAGAGUGUAGAGCAUCUUGGUCAGUACGUCUUUGAGAUGACACAAGCCAAGGUCAAGGCGAUGGGUGCUGGUGAUGCAGCCGUUGAGGAUGCCACAACAAAUGGCGAAGAGCUUCCACGGGAGGAAGACGAGGAGAUGCUUGGCGCCGGACCAGAUGAAGGUGAAGACAUUGUAUAA